AUGGACGACGAUACAGUUUACUCUCCCUCGCUCAAAAACAAACUCAAACAAUCCCUCUGCUUCUCCUGCUGCUUCGGCCGCCGCCGCGGCCACCACCACCCUCUGAACUCCCUGCCUCCGUCGAGUUUUGUUUCGGACGAUAAGCCUAAGGUGAUUUGGGUCAAACCAAAGGGACAGCCUGACCUGGCUCUGUCUGAUGUCAAAAUGAAGCGCCGAACGAUGCUUGGUUUCAGUGUGACUAAGCAUAAGAGAUAUUCGUCGGCGGAAUUCAGCUACGACCCCCUCAGUUAUGCUCUGAACUUUGAAGAUGGAUGUGAUGAUGACGACGAAGCUCCGUUUAGGAAUUUCACUGCUAGGUUGCCAGCGUCCCCGCCGGUGAAGCCGCGGCAUAUUCCGGCAGUUAGUUGA